CCAGGCCUCGGCCCAGCCCUCAGGCCCUCAAUCCUCAGGUCCCCAGGCCUCCUGUUCCCUCCCUUUCCCCCAAAUCCAGACGUCCCUGUCCCCAGCUCCCAGGUUUUCUUCCCCAAACCCUCGAACUCCAGACUCCACUAAAACGGUGCCUCCCACUAGGUGCCGCUCUGGUUUUCCCCAAGUUUUCCCUACUGCUGACCGUCCUCUUCCUCGAGGCCCAAGCCUCCUGCCAGAAACUCAGAAGGAUCGGCACAGAGGGAGACGGAGAAGAGACAGGGAGACGGAGAGACAGAGAAGAGAUGGGCAGAGAUGAUGCCCAGAGCCGGGACCAGGACAGCUCCGUGGGAACUAAACAGAUUUCUCUUGCUGGGACCCACUAAUCGAGGUUCGGCCAUGUCAGCCGCCCCGGCCCUGAUGCAGGGCAUGUACCAGGAGCUGUCCUGCCCACUCUGCCUCAAGCUCUUUGAGUCCCCUGUCACGGCCGAAUGUGGGCACAGCUUCUGCCGGAGCUGCCUGGCUCGCCUGCCCCAGGACCCCCAGGCCGGGGGCACCCCUUGCCCCUCCUGCCAGGCGCCCACCCGGCCUGAGGGGCUCAGCACCAACCAGCAGCUGGCACGACUGGUGGAGAGCCUGGCCCAGGUGCCACAGGGGCACUGUGAAGAGCACCUGGACCCGCUGAGCGUCUACUGCGAGCAGGACAGGGUGCUGAUCUGCGGGGUCUGUGCCUCGCUGGGGAAGCACCGGGGUCACAGUGUGGUGACCGCCUCUGAGGCCCAUCAGAGGAUGAAGAAGCAGCUCCCGCAGCAGAGACUGCAGCUUCAGGAGGCUUGUAUGCGCAAAGAGAAGAGCGUGGCCCUUCUGGACCGGCAGCUGGCUGAGGUGGAGGAGACAGUGAGGCAGUUCCAGAAGGCCGUAGGGGAGCAGCUGGGGGUGAUGCGGGCCUUCCUGUCGGCGCUGGAGAAAACCCUGGGGCAGGAGGCCUCCCGGGUGACCGGGGAGGCUGGGACUGCCCUUCAGGGGGAGCGCAGGGGCCUGGCCUCCUACCUGGAACAGCUGCGCCAGAUGGAGAAAGUGCUGGACGAGGUCACGGACCAGCCCCAGACCGAGUUUCUUCGGAAAUAUUGCCUGGUGACCAGCAGGCUGCAGAAGAUCCUGGCUGAGUCACCUCCGGCAGCCCGCCUGGAUAUCCAGUUGCCCAUCAUCUCCGACGAUUUCAAAUUCCAGGUCUGGAGGAAGAUGUUCCGGGCCCUGAUGCCAGCCCUGGAGGAGCUCACCUUCGACCCCGCUACAGCCCAUCCCAGCCUGGUGGUCUCGCCCUCGGGCCUUCGGGUGGAGUGCGUGGAGCAGAAGGCCCCCCCGCCAGGGGACGACCCCCAGCAGUUCGACAAGGUCAUGGGGGUCGUCUCUCACCAGCUGCUGUCCGAGGGCGAACACUACUGGGAGGUGGACGUAGGGGACAAGCCCCGCUGGGGGCUGGGGCUGAUCUCCGCGGAGGCCGGGCGCCGGGGCAAGCUCCAUCCCAUCCCCUCCCAGGGUUUCUGGCUGCUCGGCUUCCGGGACGGGAAGGUGUACGAGGCCCACGUGGAGAGCAAGGAGCCCAAGGUUCUCAAGGUGGAGGGCAGGCCCACUCGGAUCGGGAUCUACCUGAGCUUCCAGGACGGGGUGCUGAGUUUCCACGACGCCAGCGACCCGGACAACCUGGCCCCCCUUUUCUCCUUCCGCGAGCGGCUACCCGGCCCCGUCUACCCCUUCUUUGACGUCUGCUGGCACGACAAGGGCAAGAACGCGCAGCCCCUGGUGCUGGUGCGGCAGGAGGAGUGACGGGCCCCGGCGGGCAGUGUGGAGGGUAUCGCGGGGGAUGGGGUGUAGUGCCCGCAGGCCGGGAGGGCAUAAUACCCCUUCUGCCUUCUCAUUAGACUGGGAGCCCCGUGUGGGACAGGGCCUAGGUCUGACUUGAUCACCUUGCAUCUACCCCAGUGUUGAGUACAGUGCUUAGCACAUAGUCCUGGGCAGAGGUCACCAUUAUGAUUAUGAUUAUCAGGGUGGGGAGGUGACUUCCAGGGAGCACUCCUGGAAAGCAGGCAGGACGCCUGAUCUGGUUGGGAACUUGUGGGGAGAGGAGGAGAGAUCUCUGAGCCUUGAAGGCAGGGACUCUGUCUCCUAACUCUAUCAUACUCUCCCAAGCAUUCAGUAGAGUGCUCUGCACUGAGUGAGAUUCAAUAAAUGCGAUUGAUUGAUUGACUGAGCCAUUUGGGAGGGCACAAGAGGAUACCACCAUCACUUUGUAAACUCUCCCUGGGCCCCUAGGGUCCUAUCUGCUAUUACGAUGUUCCUCUAAGCCCCCAGCUCCCUCAGCCCCGGGUCCCUCAGCCUCAGCCCCAGCUCUUUGAGCCCUUUUAGCCCCCUGCUCCCUCAGUCUUCAUCCCUCUCAGCCUCCAGUUCCCUUAGCCUCCAGCUCCCUCAGCCCCCUGCUCCCUCAGCCUCCAUCUCUCUCAUCCCCAGCUUCUUCAGCCCAGCCUUCUUAGUGCCCAUCUCCAUCAGGACCCAGCUCCCUCAGCCUCCAGCUCCCUCAGCCCCCUCCUCCCUCAGUUCCCUGCUCCCUCAGGUCCCUGCUUCCUCAGUCCUCAGCUUCUUCAGCCCUCUUACCCCCUCAGGUCCCUCAGUCCCUAGAUCCCUCAGUUCCCUACCUUCUCUCUCAUCUCAAACUGCUCUGGAAAGCCAUAGGCGUGGGGGUUCGGGUUGGGAUUGGGCUUGGUGGGAAACUCUUCUCUCCCAGCCCCCUCCAAAGAGGCAGGCCAUGCUCUUUGAGAUAGAAAUUCUGAAAUACUAUGCUGUGCAUCCUGCAUCUCUGCCCUGAAGAACGCUGGAGUCAGAGGAAGAUUUUCAUUGUCCACAAGCUUCCCAAAAAGUCGGAAGGGCCAAGGGGAGAGUGACUUUAUUCUCUGAGCUACAGAGUUCUUCCCCUAUCAGCGUGGGAGAGAAGAUCCUGCCAAAUCUCCCUGAGAUGUAGCCAGUCGUGAGGCCGACACUAACUGAGAAGCAUCAUGGCGUGGUGGGUAGAGCCUGGGCCCGGAAGUCAA